UGUUUCAAGUGAAUUUGUCCUGUACCGUGCAGGUAUCCGAGAAUCAAUAAAGAGUCGCUGCUGCCAAUCGCCAAAAACAUGGGGAUGAGUGGAGAGAACGGGGAGGCCUGGUACCCGCCGGGACACGGAGACGUCUACGCCAGCUUCUCCAACAGCGGCCUGCUGGACAAACUCAUCGCUGAGGGGAAGGAGUACAUCUUUGUGUCCAACAUCGACAACCUGGGCGCCACCGUCGACCUCUUCAUCCUAAACCACCUGAUGAGCCAGCCGGCCGACAGACGCUGCGAGUUCAUCAUGGAGGUCACCGACAAAACCAGAGCGGACGUCAAGGGCGGUACGCUGAUCCAGUACGAGGAUCACCUGAGGCUGCUGGAGAUCGCGCAGGUGCCGAAGGCCCACGUGGACGAGUUCAAGUCCGUCACCAAGUUCAAGAUCUUCAACACCAACAACCUCUGGAUCUCUCUGCCCGCCAUCAAGAGGCUGCACGAGAAAAACGCCAUGGACCUGGAGAUCAUCGUCAACCCAAAGACGCUGGACGGCGGUUUGAACGUCAUCCAGUUGGAGACGGCCGUGGGCGCUGCAAUCAAGAGCUUCGAUAACGCCAUGGGUGUGAAUGUCCCUCGCAGCCGCUUCCUGCCGGUGAAGACGUCGUCCGACCUGCUUCUGGUGAUGUCCAACCUGUACAGCCUGGACGCCGGCUCGCUCACCAUGAGCAAGAGGAGGGAGUUCCCCACCACGCCGCACGUCAAGCUGGGCAGCUCCUUCACCAAGGUUCAGGAGUUCCUGUCGAGGUUCGAGAACAUCCCGGACAUGUUGGAGCUGGACCACCUCACUGUGUCCGGAGACGUCACCUUCGGAAAGAACGUCUCUCUGAAGGGAACCGUCAUCAUCAUCGCCAAUCACGGCGAUCGGAUCGAUAUUCCCGCCGGCGCGAUGCUGGAGAACAAGAUCGUCUCAGGAAACCUGCGGAUCCUCGACCACUGAGGCCUUCUGGGAAAAAAAAGACAAACGAAGCCAUUUGCACCUUGAAGAGACUGCGAUUGUUUUUCUUCACUGAUGAUGUCACAGUUUGUUUUUGGUUGUUGUCAGUGUAAAGCCAACCUGAAAGGUCAAAGGUCAGCGUCCUCCUGCCGUGAUGAAACUUCCUGUUACUGCGGACGAUCGCCGCGGCGGUCGUCUGUUUCUGCUGUCAAAUAAAGAAGUGCAAUAUGGGUCA